CCCAAGAAGGGCUGUAGCGCGCGAGAACUUCAAGCGACUCAUCGGCUUGUUCACCGCCUGUCCGCAUCACUGACUCACGGCCCUCAGCCCUUCAUUGAAGUCACUGCCUUGCGCCCUUGCCGCAUCAGUCCUCGGACUGGCCCUGAGUAGUUAGCUAAACUUCCGGUAUCAAUCCCUGAGCUCCAAGCAAGCGGCCAGAUCACAGCCCACCCUCGCCCACACUCAGCCUCUGUCCACCAAUCCGCCACACUCUCCCUGUCUCCCACAGACCGAGCUGCUGACAGCGUUUCCCAUUCCGGCCACUCGCCUGCAGCCUCAGCCUCAGCCAGUCGGCUUCCAGCAGCAGUUGCACCUAUAUGGUAAUAAAUUAGCAGAAACUUGUACUCCCGUAGGCAUGGCGAAUAGUAAGUACGAGUAUGUGAAGUCAUUUGAAAUUGAAGAUGAAGUCAUGGUACCCAAUAUCAUAGUCGUUUACAUAGAUGGGCGUGACUUUGGAAGGUUUUCUGAAGCUCACAGGUUUGACACUUCCAAUGAUCGAAAAGCGUUGCAGUUGAUGAAUGCAUGUGGUACUGCAGUCCUAGAGGAGUUCCCAGACAUUGCAUUUGCAUAUGGAUUCGGCAAUGAGUUUAGUUUUGUAUUCAAGAAAGAAACCAAAUUUUAUCAGAGGCGAGCUAGGUUCGUAUUAUCCGAGACUGAGAGUCUGAUUGUUCUAUAUCUGCAUAAUCUUAUAACUUUAGAGCAAAAUAUACUCGCUUAUGGUGUCCUUUUUCACAUCCGUAUUUGUCACCAAAUGGAAGUGCACCUUUCCCCAACUGGAAUUGAGGAUUCCACCAUCAUUUCAUUCACGUGUCAUUUGUUGUGGAUCGAUUGUGGUUCUUCAAGCUUAUCUAAUGUGGAGACAAAAUGAGUCUCACAUAAGAAAUCAGUAUGCUACCUGCUUCUGGGAACUUGUAAAGCGUGGAAAGUGUGUAGCUGAGGCCAAGUCAAUGUUAAAGGGGACCCAUAAGCAAGAGAAAAAUGACCUUCUUUUUCUAAAGUUCGGUAUCAACUACAAAAAAGAUGUUCCUGAGAUAUUUCGUCAAGGAUCAUGCAUUCUCCGAAAAGAGGUUCAAGAUAUUGUGAAGUACCUGGAAAAUUUAACUCCUGUUAGACGGAAGAGGAAGAAAGUAGUUAUUGUGCAUUCAGAAAAUAUAGCUACUGGGAACUUCUGGAAUAAUCAGGAAUCUCUAAAUAAAGAUGUUGGGGUUUUCGGAGAAGGCAUUGAUAAUUUAAAGUCCGAGUAUAUCAAGUCUUUCCAAUAUGAAAGUAAGCUGAUGCCAUCUACUUGGAUUGUCAUCCGGAUUGAUGGUUGCCACUUCCAUAGGUUUUGUGAUGCUCAUAGUUUUGAGAAACCAAAUGAUGAGCAAGCCCUGAACCUUAUGAACUCUUGUGCAGUUGCUGUGGUGGAGGAGUUCAGAGACAUUGUCUUUGCAUAUGGGGUGAGCGAUGAGUACAGUUUUGUUCUGAAUAAAGACUCUUCACUCUACCAAAGGCGUGCUAGUGAAAUAGUCUCUGCUGUUGUCUCUCUCUUCUCAUCCGUAUAUUUGAUGAAAUGGAAGGAGUUUUUCCCCCAAAAAGACUUGAAGUAUCCACCAUACUUUGACGGACGUUCUGUAUGCUAUCCAUCCUCUAAGAUUCUUCGAGAUUAUUUAGCUUGGAGACAAGUUGAUUGUCAUAUCAACAAUCAGUACAACACUUGUUUUUGGAUGCUUGUCAAAUCUGGUAAAACCAAAACUGAGGCCCAAAAUGUCCUUAAGGGUACUCAAACUCCAGAAAAAAUUGAACUGCUUUCCCAAUUUGGGAUUGAUUACCACAGUUUACCAUCUAUUUUCCGCUUUGGAUCCUCCGUGUUCUGGAAUAAGAAGGAAAGCCCACACAGUGCAAUGGCGAAUUGUCACAAGAAAGUUACGGUUGAACAUUCCAACAUUAUUGACACAAACUUUUGGAAGGCACAUCCUACAAUACUUGAAGAAAUCUCUCAUUGCUGUCAAGCCCCAGGCACCUGAACUGGUUUUAGCUAAUGACAAUUGUAUGCACUGAGUCACUAUGUUGCAUCUUGCUUAGUUCUUCCACAACUUGUACUCAACUAUUUUUGUUUCUAUGGCUUAGGGCAUACUCAUUGUUGAGAUAUUUGGAGAUCAAUUUGAUGAUAUGGAAGAUCUUUAUUGAGAUCUAUCAUUGAGAAGAUAGAGAUUAUUAUGUGAGAUUAUUUAGGUAGAAAAUCUAGUAUCAAAUUUUAAAACUAGAUUAAUUUGAGACCAUUUCCAACUUUUCAUUUUCCAAGGCUUUGAAAUUUAUGAUGUACUUCCUGUCCCGGAAUUAUCUUCGUACUUUCCUUUUCGG